GCAGGCAGAGAGUAUGGCCUAAGAAGUGGCUGCUAACUCAGCAGAGCACUGAGGGCUCAGGCUAGAUUACAGACAUAGUCAAAGUGAAGGACAGGACUGGCAGACUGCUGAUCACUUGUCUGUCUCAAUCGCUACUGGGAGAGGAGUUGACACAGCUGGGCAAGUUGCUAUAGCAGUGUGGACUACACAGUGGGAAUCUAUUUUGGUCCUGCUGUCAGAUGACGAUGUCACCUUUCACAAGUGGCAGUGCUGGAGAGGGGGAACAGGUUGCCUGAAGUGGGCUGCAAAAGUAUGUCAGGGGUGGAUAAGGACGAGGAACCUGCUUACAGGCUGUACUUCUAUUCUGCAUCUUUUCAGCGAUCCAACAGCCAUGACAAGGUGAGGAAGAUAGUUGCUGAAGAGGGCCGUGCUGCUCGAAACCUCAUCGCCUGGAGUGUACCUCUAGAGAACAAAGAGGAGGAAGCAAAGUCCAAAAGCAACUCCAGUGGCGGUUCCAGAGCCCACAGGAUCAACUCCGGUCAACAAAAAAACAAGAAACAGAAUGCUGGUUUGGAAAGUAAAGGAACACCUGGGGCAUUGUUGGACAAAGGGGGAGAGAAGAGCCCCACCAAAACCAGACAGCCCCGCAAGGUGGACCUGCGAGCUCGCUACUGGGCUUUCCUCUUCGACAACCUGCGCCGAGCUGUGGACGAGAUUUACGUCACCUGUGAAUCUGAUCAGAGCGUCGUAGAAUGCAAGGAGGUGUUGAUGAUGUUGGACAACUACGUACGUGAUUUCAAAGCGCUCAUAGACUGGAUCCAGCUUCAGGAGAAGUUAGAGAAAACAGAUGCCCAGAACAGGCCCACGUCUUUAGCCUGGGAGGUGCGUAAGAUGUCGCCGGGACGUCAUGUGAUGCCAAGCCCCUCCGCAGACAGAAUGGUUCCUUCUCCGGGUGCACUCCGCGCACUCAACUAUGGUGGUCCCGCACCUCCACUGGCUGCAGGCCGGCACAUAGGCCCAAGCUGGGCGGACCGAGUGAAGUGCUCUCAGUCUCUCCCUAGCAACAGUCAACCGAACUCUGGCAUGGUAGAAAAACUGGGUAAAAAGGAUGCAGAGGGCUGGGAGACUGUACAGAGGGGACGUACUGCCAAACCUCGCUCUGCUGCCAUAGUUGCCAAGGUCAGUCCUGUUUUGGUUCACCUCACCCCAAAGCAGGACAGCGGCAAGUGUAACCAGUCAGGCCUGACGCCAGAGGAGGAGGAACACCUCCAUCCUCAGUGUCCCCCGGACACCGACUCCACCCAGAAGGACACUGAGCAGCAAGUCCCCGUGGAGCCCAGCUCCCUGGAGAAGGUUGAACAUCCAGAGAACGCAAACACUAUAGAGCCCCCAGCAGAGAAUGUACAAGACUCGGGGCAGUGUGUCGACGCACCCUGUGAAGACGCGCCGCCCCCCAUACCAGCUCCUUCCCUUCCCCAAGCCCCAGAGCCCCCCCCAUGCUCAACCCCAGUCCUACCAACAGACAUGAUCUUAGCAGUCCCAGUCCCUACUCUGGCCCUCUCUACAUCCCCCGAACCCCCCCAGACGGAUGCGCAUGGUGCACUGUUGGCCUUGGGGGACAGUGGGGCUGAGGGUGGCGCGUCACAGGGCAUGGCCACAUCUGCUCCAGGACAGGCUGAGACUCCCAUGGCAGCGGUGAAACUGGAGAGUGUGCUGGACCCCACAGAGCUUUCUACUCCCCAGUCCAUGGCAGAGGUUCUGGCAAAGAAAGAGGAACUUGCCGACCGUCUGGAAAAGGCCAACGAGGAGGCGAUAGCCAGCGCCAUCGCUGAAGAGGAGCAGCUGAACAGAGAGAUUCAGGCCGAAAACAGCGAGCUGGAGACUGACAACGAAAGUGAAUUCUCUGCUAGCAUCGUGAACGGAGGCUGUGGAGUGAAUAUAGAUUGGACUGACAUGCUGGCAGAUUAUGACGCUCGUGAGCCAUGGCGUCAGAAUACCUCAUGGGGGGACAUCGUAGAAGAAGAACCUGCUCGGCCUCCUGGACAUGGGAUCCACAUGCACGAGAAACUGUCCUCUCCAUCACGCAAAAGAACCAUUGCUGAGUCAAAGAAGAAACAUGAGGAGAAACAGCUGAAGGCGCAGCAGCUGAGGGACAAACUCCGGGAGGAAAAGACGCUCAAACUGCAGAAGCUUUUGGAGAGGGAGAAAGAGGUGAGGAAAUGGAAGGAGGAGCUUUUGGAGCAGCGUCGGAGGAUGAUGGAUGAAAAGCUGUUACACGCAGAGUUAAAGCGAGAGGUGCAGCUCCAGGCCAUCGUGAAGAAAGCCCAAGAAGAAGAGGCCAAGGUGAAUGAAAUCGCCUUCAUCAACACUCUGGAAGCCCAAAACAAGAGGCACGAUGCCCUGGCCAAGUUAAAUGAAUAUGAGCAACGCCUUAACGAGCUGCAGGAGGACAGACAGAGGAGACAGGAGGAGAAGCAGGCCAGAGAUGAAGCUGUGCAGGAGCGUAAACGGGUCCUCGAAGCAGAGCGGCAGGCACGGGUGGAGGAGCUGCUGAUGAGGAGGAAGGAGCAGGAGGCUCGUAUUGAACAGCAGAAGCAAGAAAAAGAGAAAGCUAGAGAGGAUGCAGCACGGGAGAGGGCCAGAGACCGAGAGGAGCGCCUGGCUGCUCUGAGUGCUGCUCAACAGGAGGCCAUGGAGGAACUCCAGAAGAAAAUACAGAUGAAGCAUGAUGAGAGCAGCCGUCGACAUAUGGAGCAAAUCGAGCAGAGGAAGGAGAAGGCUGCCGAGCUCAGCAGUGGUCGACAUGCUAACACGGACUACGCACCCAAACUGACACCAUAUGAGCGCAAAAAACAGUGCUCCCUGUGCUGCGUGGUGAUCACCUCAGAGGUGCACCUGUUCAGCCACACCAAGGGCAAGAGGCACCAACAGGCCGUGCGAGACAGUAGCAGCAUCCAGGGACGGGAGCUCUCCGAUGAGGAAGUGGAGCAUCUUUCCCUGAAGAAAUACGUGGUGGAUAUAGUGACGGACAGCUCUGUGUCUUCUGAGAACAUGAAGGAUAGAGAGGAGAGGCAGAAGGCGCGGAAGAAAGCAAAGAAGCUCCGCGCCAGGAUGAACUCCAGGGCGAAGGAAUAUGAGACGUCAGUGGAGGUUAAGACGCAAGUCCCCGACUCCCCAUACAAGGCCAAGUUGCAGCGCCUGGUGAAGGACCUGUUGAAGCAGCUCCAGGGCCAGGACAGCGGCCAGUGGGCCAACAACAAAGUGUCCGGUCUGGACAGAACACUGGGAGAAAUCUCUCGCAUCUUAGAGAAACAGCACAAUGCAGACCAAGUAGCCUUCCAGGUAGGCGGCGGCCUGUCGGCUCUGGAACAGAUUCUGCAGGUCGUCACUGCUGCUUCCACACCCACCGCAGUUCCUCGUAUUCCUCUAAAAUCCCUCUGUGCUGCUGUAAAUAUCUACUACCUGGCAUGUUCCUGCUGCCCCCUCAACUGCUCCUAUGUGCUGUUCAGCAACAAGAUAGCGCUCCUCAUGGACCUGCUGCUACAUCAGCUAACAAUUUAUGUCCCUGAUGAGGACAAAUCUAUUUUUGGGCGCAGCGUAAACAAACAAGUCUUUGAGGGUUUGACGACAGGCUUGCUGCAGACCAUUGCUACCAUCCUGGGGUCCCUGUGGCCUCCUAUCUCUGAGUCUGGACAAGGUGAAAUCACCCGGAUAUCCUCCCCAGAUGCCAAGGUCAAGAGCUCUGCCACAGACUCCUUCAACACUCGAACACAAGACCUAAUCAGCUAUGUAGUAAACAUGGGUUUGAUUGACAAGCUGUACGGGUGCUUCCUGUCGAUCCAAGGCCCUGUGGACGAGCACCCCAAGGUGUCCGCUUUCCUCCAGCAAGCCUCAGCUCUGCUACACAGCAUGUGCAGGCUGUGUUUUGUCGUAACUGGACGUGCGCCUAGUAUAUUUGACAAUAAACGCCAGGACCCGACUGGACUGACGGCCCUGCUGCAGUCCACAGACCUGGUGGGAGUGGUCCACACUUUGUAUUGUAUCCUGCUGCACAGUUUCUCCCCCGAGUCUUCUUCCCAGAGUCAGGAACCCUACGGCCCCGGGGUCAUCCAGGUGGCUUUGCAAGGCAUCCGCUUCCUCAACAAUUUUGCCCUGCUCGACCUCUCCGCCUUCCAGUCUGUCCUAGGAGCAGAGGGCCUGUCUCUAGCUUUCCGACACAUCGUCAGCUCGCUGCUCUGGUACUGCACACAGCACUCCUCUGAAGAGCUGCUGCACGAUGUCAUCAUCUGUGUGGGAUACUUCACCGUUAACCAUCCAGACAACCAGGUGAUAGUGCAGUCUGGCCGCCAGCCCAGCGUGCUGCAGAAACUGUGUCAGCUGCCCUUCCAGUACUUCAGCCACCCGCGCCUCAUCAGAGUCCUCUUCCCCUCCCUCAUCUCCGCCUGCUACAACAACUCCCACAACAAGGUCAUCCUGCAGCAGGAGAUGAGCUGUGUGUUGCUGGCCACAUUCAUUCAGGAUUGUGCUACAAAUGAGAAGGAUUCAGACAACAAAAUAAAGCACACAGUUUCCCAGCAGCUGGAUUACUGUGAGUUGUCUAACCGCUUUCCAAGAGAUCAGUGGGACUCAGCCCUGCAGUUUUUUUUCAAGAAGCAGGAAGAGUGAUGGAGAUGCACACUGUCCUCAAGAUGGAUAAGCGCAGUAUAAACACUUCAAAAGAAAUGUGAGAUGUGAUAUUGUUUCGUUUUGUUUUUGGUUCCUGAUUUAAAGUCUGCACACUAGUUAUAUGUUCUCAUAUGUCCUUCAGACUUUGUCAAACGUUAAGAUUGUGAAGCCUUAUCCUCAGUUGGUGGAUGUGUUUUGAUUUCGUUGAAAUCAAUUUGGUGUGUAUGACGAAUUUGCACAAAAUGUAUUGUUGUUCUUUGCAGUUAGAACACAUGCACAUCUUUUUCAUUUAAUGUCUAAACGACUCGUCUGUUUUUCUUUGUCCUUGAUGUAGAUAGAAAUGGAUGUGUUUUCCAAGCAGUUAAAACUGAAACAUUUACUUAUACUGUAAUUUAUAAUAUGCUAAGUAUUUUCAUUAAUACUGUUUGUGUUCAUUGGUUGCAUUUGUCUUAUUUUGAAUGUGAAUGGCCAGAAUGUUAUUUUUUAGUCUUCAUACAGUAAUGCAGUUCUAAGUUACUGUACCUGGCCUGCCUUGAUUGCAAACUUUUGUUAAGAGUUAUAUCUUGUUCUUCUCUUUUUAUGUUAGAAGGCACAUGCAUAUUAAUAUAAUUUAUUGACGUAUUUACCUUUAGACAUGGAAAAUAAAGAAUUAUUAUGGCUAUUAA